UCGACUUACCGCACACUAUCGUAUGGUUUAAAUAGUCUUGCUAAUCAUACAGGAAUUUUAUGGUUAUCUGUCCCAUCUUCCAUAAAAAACUCUCCUUCGCUUUACAGUUUACGUCAUUCCAUACGGUCUUGGAAGGGUACUGAUUGCUCAUGCAAAGUAUGUAACCCAGUGCUAAGAUUUUGUUGAGCAUUAUUAUGCGAUUUUUUUUAUUUUUUUUUUAUUUUUUUAUUUUUUUUAUUUAUUUUUUUGUUUGUUUUGUUUUUUAUUCGAUUUAGAUUAGUUUUUUACUUUAAAUAAGGAAAUAAAUAAAAAAUUAUCCUCUAGAUUUGUCCCUAAAUAUUCUGUAGGCCAGUCGAUUCCAAACCUUAUAUCUGAGUGGAUAUCUCUUGGUCUUGAAAAUUCAGUUGAUAUUUAAAACACACAUUAGUGAAUUGUAUAAUGUAUAUCAUUGUAGUAGAAACAUUUAAAAAUGGUGCUUAAAAAGAUUGACAACAGAAUUCGUGUUGUUAUUGAAAAUGGUGUUCAGCAAAAACAUCGUAGCUUGUUUUUCGUUGUUGGUGACAAGUCUAAAGAUCAGGUUGUAAUUCUUCAUCACAUGCUGUCAAAAGCACAAGUAAGAGCACGCCCAUCUGUAUUGUGGUGUUAUAAAAAAGAGUUGGGCUUUAGCAGUCACAGAAAGAAGCGUAUGAAACAACUUCAAAAGAAAGUAAAAAGUGGUUCAUUGGAUGUAAAAAAGGACGAUCCUUUUGAACUGUUCAUUGCAGCGACAACGAUUAGAUAUUGUUAUUAUGGUGAAACUCACAAAAUACUUGGAAGUACAUAUGGUAUGGUAAUUUUGCAGGACUUUGAAGCAUUAACUCCAAAUUUGUUGGCCCGAACAAUUGAAACAGUAGAGGGAGGUGGCAUUGUUUGUGUACUCCUGCAAAGUAUGACAUCAUUGAAAAAGUUAUAUACAAUGAGCAUGGAUGUUCACACAAGAUAUCGAACAGAGGCACAUCAAGAAGUUGUUGCACGGUUUAAUGAAAGGUUUAUUUUAUCACUAUCAUCAUGUCAGACAUGUUUAGUAAUUGACGACCAACUUCGCGUACUUCCCAUAUCUUCACAAUCACUCAAUGUAACUGCAUUAACACCAAAAACAAAAGAAGAAUUAUUGACAAAGGAAGAAAUAGAACUGAAAGAGUUAAAAGAUUCUCUACAAGAUACACAACCAGUGGGGUCCAUUAUCAAUCAAUGUAAAACACUUGACCAGGCAAAAGCGGUUUUAAAAUUCAUUGAAGUAAUAUCUGAGAAAACACUUAGAAGCACAGUAGCGUUAACUGCUGCUCGUGGUCGUGGAAAAUCUGCCGCCAUUGGUCUGGCACUUGCGUCUGCUGUUGCCUUUGGGUAUUCCAACAUUUUUGUUACAUCUCCAAGUCCAGAGAACUUGCAAACAUUAUUUGAAUUUGUAUUUAAAGGAUUUGAUGCGCUUGAUUAUCAAGAGCAUGUAGAUUAUGAAAUCAUUCAGUCUACAAAUCCAGAUUUUAACAAGGCUGUUGUAAGAGUGAACAUUUUUAGAGAACACAGACAAACAAUACAGUAUGUCUCACCCACAGAUCAUCAUAAACUUGGUCAAGCAGAAUUAUUAGCAAUUGACGAAGCCGCUGCCAUUCCAUUGCCUUUUGUCAAAGAACUGCUUGGUCCAUACCUUGUAUUUAUGUCGUCCACGAUAAAUGGUUACGAAGGGACAGGUCGAUCAUUGUCACUAAAAUUAAUCGAGCAACUUCGAUCUCAAAGUGUGCCCUCUGCAAAUAAAGAAAACUCUACAGAAUCUAUAAAUAAAACAUCUAGUCGGAUUUUAGUGGAGUUAUCUUUAAACGAAUCUAUCCGUUAUGCAAAUGGUGACCCUGUGGAAAAAUGGCUGAAUAAUUUGCUUUGCUUAGAUGCAUCUGUUGUUCCAAGAAUAAGUUCUGGCUGUCCUUUACCAGAAAAGUGUGAUCUAUAUUACAUAAAUCGUGAUACAUUAUUUUCUUACCAUAAAGCAUCAGAAAUGUUUUUACAAAGAAUUAUGUCGCUGUACGUUGCUUCACAUUAUAAGAAUACACCAAAUGAUUUACAGUUGAUGUCUGAUGCACCAGCUCAUCAUUUGUUUUGUUUACUUGGACCUGUCGAACCAACACAAACAACAUUACCUGAAGUACUAUGUGUGGUGCAAGUGUGUCUGGAAGGGGAGAUAUCAAAGGAUACUAUAUUGAAUAGCUUGUCACGUGGUAAGCGUGCUUCGGGGGAUAUGAUUCCAUGGACGAUCAGUCAACAAUAUAACGACAGUGAAUUCGGAAGUUUAUCUGGUGGACGGAUAGUUAGAAUUGCAACACACCCAGAUUUUCAAAAGAUGGGAUAUGGUAAAAGAGCUCUUCAGCAACUCAUCGAUUACUACAGUGGAAAUAUACCUAACUUGCAUGAAGAUAGUGUACACAAUGGAAAAAUUGAUGAAAUUACUGAUAAUGACAUUGAAGAGAAUCUCAUGGAGGAAGUUAUUAAACCAAGAAAAAACCUACCACCAUUGUUGCUAAAGUUGAGCGAACGUGCAGCAGAAAAUUUAGAUUAUCUUGGUGUUUCUUAUGGCUUGACGUCGAAUUUACUAAAGUUUUGGAAGCAUGCAGAAUUUAUACCUGUUUAUUUACGUCAAUCAGCGAAUGAAUUAACUGGCGAACAUUCGUGUAUCAUGCUACGAAUUUUGAAUAGUGAUGUUACAGAUGGAUGGUUAAAAAAAUACUGGCUAGAUUUUCGCAAAAGAUUUAUCUCAUUGUUAUCUUAUCAGUUCAAAAAAUUUUCAUCUUCUCUUGGAUUGAGUAUGCUGCAAACAAAAUUGAAAAAUCUGGAUACUGUUCAUUCACUCACAAAAGAAGAGUUGAAUUUUCUGUUCACAAAUUACGAUUUGAAACGACUGGACUUGUAUUCGAAAAACAUGGUUGAUUAUCAUCUUAUCAUGGAUUUGCUUCCAGAAGUUGCAAGGCAAUAUUUCCUCAAAAAAUUGGACAUUUCCUUAUCCGCUGUGCAAACGGCAAUUCUUCUUGGAAUUGGUUUACAAAGAAAAUCAGUAGAUGAUUUACAGAAAGAAUUGGAUUUACCAAGCAGUCAAAUACUUGGAUUGUUCAACAAGAUUUUACGCAAGUCAACACAGUUCUUAAAUGGUCUUGUUGAAGCAGAGAUUGAAAAAUCCAUUUUACCGGAACGAUCAGUUGUCCACAUGGAACCAACUCGACAGUCACUCAAACAAGAACUAGCUGAAGUGGAAAAAGAUUUUCAAGGAAAGAAAAAGAAAGAAAUUGAAAAGCUAAAAAAUAUAGAUUUAUCACAGUAUGAAAUCACAGGAUCCAACGAAGAAUGGAGCACCACGUUGGGAAAAACUAAGAGUUUGAGUAAUGUUAGUAUACAAAGCACGGAAGAAAAAAGAAGCAAACGAAAGUCCACCAUUGUAACUGACGAAACUGAAAAACUGAAAAAGAAAAAGAAGAAAAUAAAGAAGAAACAUUCAUUGUAAUAUAUUUUUACUUGAAAAGACGAAUUUUCUUAUUAACACGUGAAGUG